AAAAUGGUCGUAUGCGGAUAUCCACUGUGAAGACUUGGAAUCAGACACCUACAAUUUCGUUUUUUCAAUACCAUUUCAGGAUGUAAAUAUGGUUUGACCUUUCCCUGAUGGGUAGUUAAACCAUGGACAAGUUAAAAAACUCACUUUGGACUGUUUUUCCAAACGAGGCUUCGCCUUCUUCCUUCAGUGCCCAAUAAGGGAUUACAGUUGAUAAGGGAAAGAAAGAAAAUCCUUGAACUGGAAAGUUAUCCUACAAUGAGAAUUACGAGUACAUCUUGCAUCUGCCCAGUCCUAGUGUGUCUCUGUUUUGUGCAGAGGUGUUAUGGGGCUGCUCACCACAGCUCCAUUAAGGUGACCAGAAAUCAAACCAAACACAUAGAGGGUGAAACAGAAGUCCACCAUCGCCCCAAACGUGGAUGGGUGUGGAACCAAUUCUUCGUUUUAGAAGAACACAUGGGACCAGAUCCUCAAUAUGUGGGAAAACUACACUCCAAUUCUGACAAAGGUGAUGGAUCAGUCAAAUACAUCCUUACUGGAGAAGGGGCUGGGACAAUAUUUAUCAUUGAUGAUACCACAGGAGACAUUCAUUCAACCAAAAGUCUAGAUCGAGAGCAGAAGACCCACUAUGUCCUACAUGCCCAGGCAAUUGACAGAUGGACAAACAAGCCUCUUGAACCUGAAUCUGAAUUCAUUAUCAAAGUACAAGACAUCAAUGACAACGCACCCAAAUUUACGGAUGGACCAUACAUCGUAACUGUGCCAGAAAUGUCUGACAUGGGUACCUCUGUUCUACAAGUGACAGCUACAGAUGCAGAUGACCCAACCUAUGGAAAUAGUGCUCGGGUGGUAUAUAGUAUUCUUCAAGGACAGCCAUACUUCUCUGUUGAUCCCAAAACAGGAAGGCAGAUAAAGAUGUCUGCAGAAACUGGGGACAAAGUCGAAGUAAGAUCAUGUGGCAGAAGCAUUCCAGGGCCCAAGGAAGGGCUGCACACCAGCACUAAAGGAAGUCCUACACCUGCCCUGGGGUACCCCCAGAACCACACUGAGGCAUUGGGAUGGGGGUAA